ACGCGAUUCCUCAAACGCAGCACGCUCUGUAUUCUUCUUUCCUCCAUUGUCUUCACUCUCUUGGUGACCACUGAAGACCAGAGAAGCCAAAUACACACUGCCUUCACUCUCAAUGGAAGAAGCUGGUGGAUCCUGUCCAAAACCAACGAAACGUUCUAUCAUAGCCAGGCCUGGGUUUGGAAGUAGCGGGCAUCCCAUACCAUUGCUCAGCAACCACUUCAAAGUUUCUGUCAAUGUCACAGAUGUCGUGUUUUACCAGUAUAGUGUUUCUAUUACUGCCGAAGAUAACAGAGUUGGUGAUGAAAAGCAAAAAAUAAUUGAUAGGCUUUGCCAGACGUACUCAUGUGAACUAGCUGGUAAAAGCUUCGCAUAUGAUGGUGAGAAAACCCUCUAUUCAUUGGUUCGUCUGCCACAGUCCUGGAUGGAGUUCACUGUAGUUCCUAAGGAAUCAAUUGCAAAACGUUGCAACGCUGAUGGUGGUCGUAGCUUUGCGGUAACUUGUAAGAGGUCUAAACGUCGUUUGCGGUCAGAGACUUUUAAAGUGGAAAUAGUUUAUGCUGCGAAAAUCCCUUUAAAUUCCCUUGCUCUGUCUUUUCAUGGAAAUGAGACAAAUAAUAAUACUCGAGAUGCUUUAAGAGUGCUGGAUACUAUCUUGAAGAACAGGCAAAGCCGGGGGUGA